AUUCUUUAAAGAAAUCAGUAAAACUAAUUAUAUGAAACAAAAGCUUAACUAUAAAAGUGACACCGGGACAUAUAUACUCCGCCGUUACUUCUUCAUUUUUGCUUUAUCAAACGCAUCGAUUUUCAAACCGCAGCUCUGGUAUGGAACCUACAGAUAGUGGAUUGGGGACUAAUCAAACAGAUCCCGAGCGAUCAUCAAUAUUAUAUGGGCUCCCUGAUGACAUUGCCAUCUUGUGUCUAGCAAGGAUUCCAAGGAAGUAUCAUGCAAGCCUCAAAUGUGUUUCAAAAAGGUGGAGAGAAUUGGUUUGUGGUCAAGAGUGGCAGUCUUACCGUCAGAAGCAUAAUCUAGCCGAGACUUGGAUAUAUGCUUUGUGUCGAGAUAAAUCUGAAAAUCUUAGUUUCUAUAUGUUGGAUCCUAACAUGUCGAAAAAGGGUUGGAAGCGUGUUCAAAACCUUCCACCUCGCAGCUUGAGGAGGAAAGGGAUGGGAUUUGAUGUGCUGGGAAGUAAAAUUUACUUGAUGGGAGGCUGUGGUUGGAUUGAAGAUGCCACUGAUGAAGUAUACUGCUAUGAUGCUGCUACAAACACUUGGAAUGAAGCUCCUCCCUUGUCAACAGCGAGAUGCUAUUUUGCUUGUGAAGCUUUGGAUGAUAAGAUGUAUGCAAUUGGGGGGAUAGGAUCGGGAUCAAGUGAUCCACAUUCUUGGGACACCUUUGACUCUUGCACAAAUUGCUGGAAAUCCCAUGUGGACCCAAACAUUGUGCCUGAUAUUGAAGAUUCUGUGGUCUUGGAUGGAAAGAUCUAUAUACGCUGUGGAAUUUCUGCAGUUUCGUCUCAUGUGUAUGCUGUUGUCUAUGAACCGUUAAAUGGCACAUGGCAGCAUGUAGAUAGUGAUAUGGCAUCAGGCUGGCGCGGUCCGGGUGUUGUUGUAGAUGGCAACUUUUAUGUGUUGGAUCAGAGUUCAGGAACCAGACUGAUGUUGUGGAAAAAGGACACUAGAGAGUGGGUGGCAGUCGGGAGGCUUUCACCUCUACUAACAAGGCCACCAUGCCAGCUUGUUGCAAUUGGAAAAAGUAUAUAUGUUGUUGGAAAGGGGCUUAGCACGGUGGUAUUCAAUGUUGGGAAUGCAGCAGGAAGUAUGGAUGGACUACUGGUGAGUUCAUCUCUACCAAGAUUAACUUCAGACGAGUCUGUACUUAGUUGCAAGUCUGUUGCAAUUUGAGUUAUUGAAAUUGGAAACCGAAUUCUGGCUUGGGGCUGCGAGGGACUAGGGAGUACCCUUUGGAUGUUGAGGCGGUUGUUUCUUCUCCCAUGAUAUGUCUAAUAUAUAUGCAUAUCUUGUUCUUUUUAAUAACAUAUAAAACUACUAGUGCACUCUUACUGGAUUCCCAUUUCACACUCGAUCCUUUUGCUGCUGUUCAUGUAACUUUGUGACCUACAUUAUGUACAAACUGUGGAUACAAAAUCCCCAGGCAAGGAUUUGGUACUCUAAGCAUUUAUGUCAUUAUGCAAACAAAAGAGUAACAUUUACAAAUCUGUCUGUAACUAUUUUAGUGUCCAGAUGUUGGCAUUCUUUCA